AUGGAGAUUGAGAUCAUAUCCAAACAGUGCAUCAAACCUUCUUCUCCAACACCUUCUCAUCUCAAAACCUAUCAAAUCUCCCUCCUUGAUCAGUACGGACCUUCUGGUUAUGAUGACUAUCUCAGCAAUCUUGAGGUCUCUUCGAUCUUCAAAUUAUUUCCAGAUGCGGUUUCGAAUGUAGUCUCUUCAGGAGCUCCUGUUGCUAUUGUGCAAGAAAAUGUUUUCACUUGUGGUGGAAUGGCCUUAGGGUUUUUUCCAUGGCACGUUAUCUUUGAUGCCAGUACUCUAAGUGCAUUUCUUAAGACUUGGUCUGCUUUUGCUAGAAACUCUGUUGAAGAAGCUAUGUUCCCUAAUUUUACAGCCUCAACUAUUUUUCCUCCAAAUAUUCCUUUUAAUCUAGAUUCAUUAGCUAUGGCAUCUCGUUUGUUCGAAUGGAGCCCCUAUGUUGUUACAAGAAGGUUUUUCUUCGAUGGAUCAGUUAUAGCCAAUCUCAAGGCCCAAGCAACAAGAUCUUCUAGCCUUCAGAACCCAACGCGAGCGGAGGUUGUGUCUGCACUCUUGAAAAGCUUUACGGAUGCAUUAUUGAAAGUGAAUCUGGGAACCCAAAUGCCUAUUUUGAUGAAUUUUCCAGUCAACUUGCGACGAAGGGCUACUCCGCAGAUACCUGAAACUUGUGUGGGAAAUUUACUUUUUUUCGCAACUCUAAUGGCAAAAGGUGGGGAAGAGUUUGAUGGGUUGGUGUGGAAGAUGAGGGAAAGUUUGUCGAAACUCGACGGUGACGUUGUGAAGAGUCUUCAAGGUGAUGGAGGGUGGUUGAAGCUUGUUGAGAUUAUUGGAAAGCUUCAUGAUGAAUUAUUUUCCGACUCUGGAAUUGUCCAUAUUGGGCUCAAUAGCUGGUGUAACAUGGGGUUAUACAGUGUUGAUUUUGGGUUCGGGAAGCCUCUGUGGAUUCCGGCUUCUGGUUUCGGCAUCAAGAAUUAUAUGUUUCUGACGGAUACAAAACAUGGUGAUGGAAUUGAAGCGUGGGUGUCAUUGGAUGAACAAGUGAUGGUAGUGCUUGAACAAGAUAACAAACUCAUGUCUCUGCUGCUCGGCACAAGAGAGAAGAUACAAGAAAAUGUUAGAAUUAUCAAAGCUAUUUGCUCUCAAUUUCUCACCCAAGCUCAUAUAAUAUUCUUCUAUCUUGCUUCACCGUUUGCUGAGUGCAAACACAGGUGUGAAGAAUCUUCUCUUCUUGUGAGCUCUUCUAAACUCAAAUCCGAUUCUCUAUUCGUAAGCCUUGAUUCAUCUGACCGCCAUGGAAGGAGUACUGGAGAAGCACGAGAAGGUAGAAGAAAGGAUGAAAGAUGA